CUGCAACUUUCGCGGGGCAUCUACUUCACUCUGGAUCGUUCUUCCUCCUCUUCCUCCAACCCUCUCUAUCUACAUCUUGGGUAAGUAAAAUAUUCCUAAAAACACAUAGAAAAGUCAAACACAAAUCUCAAGUUUCCAUGGAUCCACCAGACCCUCCAAUUACCUUCCUAGAUUUAAACCAAGCACCUCACCCACUAAUUUCCCCCAAACUCGAACCAGGAGAACGGCAAGAACCCUCGAAUGCAGGAAAUGGACCUGGAUUCCCCCUCCCAAGCCCCAACCCUCAUAUUGAUCCCUUCCUCCUUGCCGACCUCCUCCCCCGUCUCCGCCGGAUCACCCCCGCACCCGAUGGCGACAAGCUCGUCGCCGACGACCUCCGCCGCGCCGAGAGCUACCUCGCCUCUUACGUCGAUGGCCUCCGCCGCCGCCUUGCCUUCCCAUUCGGCGCCGGAGCCGCCGGAAGUUCCACGGCCAUCGUCCCCGCCCCCGAUGCCGCCGCCGGAUCCUCCACGGCCAUCGUCCCAGCACCCGAUGCCGCGGCCGGAUCCGCCACGGCCAUCGUCCCUGUCCCCGAUGCCGCCGCCGGAUCCUCCACGGCCAUCGUCCCAGCCGUGGCCGACCUCGCCUCCCCCAAGAAGAAGAAGCCCCGCUCUGCCGAGAUGGUCCGGGUCUCCUCCGUCGCCGCCGCCGACCAGAUCUACUUCCGGGACAUCGUCCGCCGUGCCCGGAUCACCUUCGAGUCGCUGCGGCACCUCCUGCGCCGGGCCGAGGAGCGGACGGAGGCCGCCCCGUGGCGGACGCCGCCGCUACCGUUGCCGCCGCUGGGGCGGCGAGCCCGGGCCGACCUCGCGGCGGCGGGGAUGAUGAACCACCGGAACCUCUGGCUCAAUCGCGACCGCCGGAUCAUCGGGUCUAUCCCUGGGAUCGAGAUCGGCGACGUCUUCUUUUACCGGGUGGAGCUCUGCGUCGUCGGCCUCCAUGGGCAGAUGCAGGCCGGGAUCGACUACGUACCGGCCAGUCAGACCGGCACCGGCGAGCCCAUUGCCACCAGCAUCAUCGUCUCGGGCGGCUACGAGGACGACGACGACAGAGGGGACGUCCUUAUCUACACCGGCCACGGCGGGAGGGAGAAACGAGAUGCCCGGCAAUCAGUGGACCAAGAGCUCAAGGCUGGCAACCUCGCCCUCAAGCACAGCGUGGACUACGGCAUCGAGAUCCGGGUUAUCCGUGGGUCCAAGUCCGAUUGCAGCCCCUCCGGCAAGGUUUAUGUCUAUGAUGGCCUCUAUAAGGUCGUUGACUGCUGGAAUGAUGCCGGAAAGUCCGGCUUCGGUGUCUAUAAGUACAAGCUUGUAAGAAUUGAAGGCCAGCAAAUGAUGGGCAGCUACAUGCUUAAGCUUGCAGUGGAAUUGAAGACCAAUCCUUUGGGAGUGAGGCCGGUCGGAUACUUGAGCCUUGACAUCUCAAACGGGAAGGAGACUUUGCCUGUGUUCAUUUUCAAUGAUAUAGAUGAUGACAAGGAGACAUUGCUCUUCGAGUAUCUCGCUCAUCCGUUCUACCCGAGUUGUGUUUUUAAUAGGAGAGGUUGGGUUGACGGAGGACGGGGGUGUCAGUGUGCAUCCAAUUGCUCGUUUGAUUGCUCCUGUGCAAGAAGAAAUGGUGGUGAGUUUGCUUAUGAUGGAAAUGGGCUUCUUUUGAAGGGGAAGCCAUUGAUAUACGAGUGUGGCACCUUGUGCCAAUGUCCGAUGAGUUGCAGGAACCGAGUGAGCCAGAAGGGAGUCAGGAAUCAGCUGGAGGUGUUCCGGUCGAGGGAAACAGGGUGGGGAGUCCGGUCCUUGGAUUUUAUCCGGGCGGGAGCAUUUGUUUGCGAGUUUAGUGGGGUGGUGCUGACAAAGGAGCAGUUGGAGAUUUUUAAGAUUGGUGGCGAUGGUUUGAUCCAUCCCAGUAGGUUUCCAGGAAGAUGGAUGCAAUGGGGAGAUAUUUCUGAUGUCUUUCCGGAUUAUACACCUCCUAGCUUCCCUUCUUUGCCGGAGUUGAGCUUCUCAAUAGAUGUAUCGAGAAUGAGGAAUGCUGCUUGUUACCUGAGCCAUUCUUGUAGCCCAAACGUGUUUGUGCAGUUUGUACUCUAUGAUCACUAUAAUGAGUCAUACCCUCAUCUAAUGAUCUUUGCAAUGGAGAACAUCCCUCCUCUAACAGAGUUGAGCAUUGAUUAUGGGGUGGGAGAUGAAUCUGUGGGAAGUUAACCCUAUAAUCUUUUCCUGGUUCCUUCAAAGCCUAUGAAAAUUUUGAAGGUGAAAAUACUGAUCUUUGGACAAUGACACAAGGAGCUGCUUUUGACUGAUGUUGAUCAUAACCUGAUAUAUAUAACAUCAGAACCUUCAAACCACAUGAACAGGAGAAGCUGAUGGAAGGUAUUAUGAGGCUUGCAAAAACAUUUAGAAGAGAGAGAGAGAGAGAGAGAGAGAGAGAGAGAGGAAAAAUAUUAUGGCAUGAAAAGACAAUUCAGACUGUUCUAAGGAGAUCCAUUUUGGUUGUUGUACGAGGAUACAAAAGCAGUGUAUUACUAAAGAACUUGAAACUUUGAUUGUAUAUACAGGUAACUCUGUUGAUGGCAAAGUUUGCAAAAUAAAACACGGCUUUACAUGUA